UUUUGUUGACAACUUAUCUUAGUUUAAUUUCAAGAUUCUAUGAAUACAGUUUGAAGAAAAUGGAAAUCCAUGUAGUUUGCAUCGUUAUACUGAGUGCCAUCGUGCUGUCUUGUCAUGCUCAAUUGACUGAUGAAAUGAAAGCUCAUUUUAAGCAACAGAUAGCCGAAUGUAAAAACACAGAGGAUGCUAAUGAUGAUGAUGUAACGCGCUUUUUAGCCGGCGAUAAACCAACUACGUUGAAGGGCAAAUGCCUUAUUUCGUGUAUGCAAGAAGCCUUUGGAUUGACAAAAGGCGGUCAAGUGCAGCGUGAAGGUGCAAGGAAAUUGGGACAGAUGCUGUUCGGAAACAAUGAUGAGGUUUUGAGUGUCCUUGAGAUAGUUCGCGCUGAAUGUGCGUCGUUAACUGAUCCAGAUCGGUGUGAAGCCUCAUACAAACGUAUGUCGUGUGCAAAAACAGUGGCAGAAAAACACGGUCUAAAAACACCACGUGAAAUGAUUUAAAGUCAUUAAAUUGAUAUGAAUUAUUCUUAUGAAUUUUUUUUUGCACUUUCACAAAUAAAAACUCGUUUAAAAAACAG